AAAUAAUGGAAUCCAAAAAAAGACACCGUUUAUAGUAAUGCAAGUAUAUGUUUAUUGCUUUAAAUUUGAUAUACAAGAUGGUAAUAGACUAGGUUUUGUAAGUACUUGCAGCUUCUGAUUCUGCUUAGAAUUGUUCUUCUUGUUACCUAUGUUGAUCUUUGUGUACAAAGCUGCAUUAGCUUAAAGAUUAUCUGGAGCGAAUUGUUUACAGAGCUAGAGAGCGAGACAAAAUCACCAGGAAUCCUUCUAAUUUACACCUUACCUGUCCUCACCUUUACCUCCGGAAUAUCUUGAAUUCAAAUCUAGUUGAAUGUUACGAUCAAAGAAGAAACGCUCAAUUGAGACCUAGGCAAGUCAGUUAUGCGCUCAUGAAAGAGUUCUAGGUCAGGCUGACACACGAGUCACAGAAGAGGAAGCUAAUGCAGCUUUGUACUCAAAGAUGAACAUAGGUAAAAAGAAGAACAAUUCUAAACAGAAUCAGAAGCUGCAAGUACUUAUAAAACCUAGUCUAUUACUAUCUUGUAUAACAAAUUGAAAGCAAUAAACAUAUACUUGCAUUACUAUAAAGGGUGUCUUUUUUUGGAUUCCAUUCUAUUAAAACUUUUCUACAUAAUAUAAGGUCUACUUGGGCGGCUUAGAAGUUAGUGUUUUGUUUGAUAUCUUAUAAACAAAUUAUGCCAUACGAAAUUACCUACACAUACUGAUGCAUAUGUAGAUGUGCACGCACCAUACAUAGCUAGUUUCGGGAAAAAAAUAGAGAUAUCGCAUCGAAAUUCGUUUCCUUAAAAUGCUUCAAGUGGGCUCUCUUUUUCUAUUCUAUAGUACUUACUUUAAGUACUCUUUGAUGAAUUAAGACAAUGUUAAUGUUAUGUAAAAAAAUGAUAAUUUUUUGUUGGCAAGUUUCGGAGAUAAGGAGGUGAACAGUAUCUUUUUCACAUUUUCCUUCAACAAAUUCCACUAUGAAAAAAAAAAUUAGUUUUGUAAUGUUCAAUUUGAGAUCUUUCAAAAUGAUAUCCCUCUUGACCCAGUAACUAGACUAUUAAAAUUUUGUCUCUCUUUAUAGUGUAAAAUAAAAAUAUUUUAGAAAAAACUGUAGCUAAUUCGGUCAAUCCGUUUUGGAGAGGAGAUAAAUGGGAACAUUAGUUGGUGUGCAUGUGCACAUACAAUUCUACAAACAACUUCACUUCUCAUUCUCCUAAACGGACAAGGAAGCAACUAUACCGACUGCGUUUCCAAGUAGUUGUCGGAAUUUUUUGUACUUAGAUCUGUAUAUUUUUAUUUUAUUUAGGAUAAGCAGGCGUUUGAUCACGAUCUCACCUGAUGGUAAGGGAUGAUGUAAUGGCGCACUUACCUAUGAGAUACCUAUUUACUCUAGUCUUGAAAAGACCCAGAUUGUACUCUUGCGGAAACACAGACACAGACUCGCAUAAGGAAUGUUGAAGCAAAACGCUUCGUGCGUAUUUGUGGAAUACUUACCAUGAAGCGAUGCCGGAGUGCCGAUUAUCUGCUAGUCCGAUAGUGAAAUGGGGACGGAGGAAUAAGGUUGUGCAGUUCCUCGGCACACUCUCCGAAAUGUAUCCUGUAAAAGAUUGUUAGGCUGGCAACCUUGCGACAAUGCUCCAGACUUUGGAGUCGAGCAUUCGUCAGAUCGUCGUCAUUAAUGAUUCUCUUGGCUCUCCUCUCGACUGACUCGAGCGAGCGCCUCAAGCUGGUAUUUUGCUGAACCAUCCCAUAGAUGUGAACAGUAUUCCACACACGAUCGGACUUGUGCUUGGUAAAGGUCGAGCAGCUGCCUAGGUGUAAAAUACUGCCUCACCUUGUUGAGGAUGCCCAGCUUUUUUGCUGCUAACUGUGCUUUCGACUCGAUGUGCGGGCCAAAGUUGAGUUUCGAAGUCAGCGAGAUUCCGAGAAGCUCAAGAUGGUCGGUUAUCGGAAGGGAUACAUCGUUUAGCGGAGAUAAGACACGCCUUUAGUGACACGGUCAUGCGUUCGACCAUUGCCUCCCUGAGCGACUGUAUUUGGGCUCCACUAGCUCGUGAAUUGGGGAUGUAGCUUUCAACAAACGUAGUGUCAUCUGCAUAUCCAAAUGUACCUGGUUUCAGCAGGUCGUUUAUGUGGAGCAGGAAGAGGGUCGCUGUAAACAUGUAAACAAGGACUCCAGAACAAGCCAAUUGAUCGGACAAGCAGCCAUUAAUGACCACAUGCAUUGAUCGAUCCCUCACAAAGUCCUUUUUACCUUUUUUCGGUACUGGUUGCACAUUAGCAAACUUUUAAGAUUUCGGAACCUGAGCGGUAGCCAUAGAGAGGCGGAAAAGGCGCGUCGAUAUGGGACAUAGCUCAGGAGCACCGGUUUUAAGUACUAUAGCAGAAAUACCGUCAAGACCACUUCUUGCUUUGUUCACGUCUAGGUUUUGCAACACUUUGCGAACCUCCGCUCUCAUGAAAUGAAAAUACUCAUCAACAAUUUCCAAUUUUGGCCCAAUAAAUCAAUCUAAAUCGGUUAACUACCUCUUUGAACCCGCGUUGACUGACGUAUUGAAUCAUCGACAUGAUACUUACUGAUGAUACAUCGACGAGUAUGACAAAUAAUGAAGUUUGACAGUGCAGAAAGUCAUACUUUGCGGUUUGUGUUAUAAUCUUAUUUAUCCGCAAGAAUAUGGAAAGCAAGCGAAUCAAUUCGGCAUCAAAUGUGAACCGUAAACCGCCAAAAACAAAAACGAUUACCAAAGUCACGAACACUACAAAAAAUGCUAGCGGAGAUUGUACUAACAUUUCUGAAAGUACUUCUCAUACUCAGUUCUUUGUUAAGAAGAGAAAAUUUGAAGCGUACACGAGAAUUACAAGGGAUAAGUAUUAUGAGAAACAAGCUUCAUCGGCUGGGUCAUCCUCCGAUAGUUUCGGCUGUAUUCAUGGCCCAGAUGGAAAACCUUACACGGAGAGCGAAAAGCUACAUAAAGCACUUCUUCACGAAUUGGAUCCUGUUCCAGUAGAGCAGGCAUGGAACUCCAAGUGCCCCCCGGCAUACGGUUGGGACAUGGCGCAGAAGUUGCAGUUCCUGGUGACAGACGCGGCGCCCCUCCAGCAGUUGGACAGGCUCAAUGCCCAUCUACGUGACUUUGCAACUAUUUCUCGACAUGGAUAUAGAAUUGACGUUCUUGACAGUGUGACCAUAAUACUAGACUUUCUGGAGGCAACGUAUAUCAAAGAACCGAGUUUACGUGAAGGUUUUGUGUUGUUAUUGAAAAACAUACACCAGCCUAUUAUAUUGAAUAGAAACGUAGACCUCGAAAAGUUUUUUGAUAACGUGACUAAAUAUAUAGGAUUUAUUGGUUGUCUAUUGCUGGGUUUGGAAGAGGACGAGCUGUUUGCGAUAGUUUCUGAUGCGUUGCUGUGGCACCUGUCAGCGCCGGACGCGCGUCGGCCUGCGCAGGCGCUGCGCCGCCGCGCGACGUUGUUGGCGGCAGCACCAACGCUCUACCACGCGGCGGCCAGGAUGCUGGCAGUCGCAUCUUCCAACCGCUUCCCCACAUUCCUGCAAAUGUCUCUCUUGCUAGCUGCUGCCUCGCAGGAAAAUUGUGUGGAGCUGCUCAAGGAGAAUAUAUUAGAAAAUAUAUUUUACCGCUUCAACCCAUACUUCCCCGAGAGAAAGCUGCCGGCGUACGACAUUAAUCCAGCCGAUCCUCAACACUACAAUGUUCAAUUGGGAGACAGCAGCGUCCACCUUCACACUACCUUGACUUUACUCCUAGUGCUCGUCAAGGCAUUAAAGCAAUGUAGCGAGAAGAAUCCUAAGUUUCAAGAACAGUUACCAGCACCGGAUACUUACGCACAAAGGUGCUUUAUUUGGGCGUUCAGAUAUGAGUGCCGCGCGCGCGCCCACCAAGCCGAGCGGACUACGCUGACCGUGAUCUCAUCUGCUCUGCUCCGGUACUUCGGCGCACGGCUUGAGGCUUUUUCCACGCGUUUGAUGCUCGAUGUGAUGUCGUUGUCGGUGGCGACGGAGCUCCAACUCCGCGCGGGUUGGGCUACCACCGUAAACUUCAAUACUUCGCAGCCAGACGUGCAGUUUAAGAAGGCCCUCAUAUACCUGAGCGUUGAUUGCAUUAAAAUAUUUCCCUAUAACCGAUUUCUGAUAGAAUCCCAACAUUGGUUUGUUGGGCUGAUGUGUUUGCUGGACCCUGGGCUUACGCAGCUCAGGCCUAAGUGGCCGCAGCCGCUUUACGACGAGCUCAGGCAAACGGCUCUCCAGGCAUUGGUGUGCGUUCUUCCGUUGGCACAGACUAAUGUUGCUAAAGACUGUGGAUUAAUAAGGAGGAUAAUGUGGUACGUGGAGUGGUACACGUGGAACCCGUUCGAGCUGAGCGUCUUGUACUGGUGCCUGCGGUUGCUAAAGUCAGCUGUGGGCCGCCGCGACUCACUGCCGCGCUCGCACACCGUCAAGGAACUCUUCAGCUCGCACGGAGUUAUAAUUCUAAUGCAUUUAUGCUCUACCCUGAUUCGGCAGCGAGACCCGCCGGUAGAGAUGUGCCAGGUGGUCCUAGCGCUAAGCCUGCGGGUGCUGGCGGGCGCCAUCGAAGACCCCACGAGGGUCAAGUGCGAGGUGUAUCCUCAAAUCGUGUGGCCUGUCUCCAUCAACUCCCUCACGUGGACCAUGAUGAAUGUAAUUAUGCGUUCGCUCGAAAGGAGUUACAUUAUCAGCGAGAGGUGGUUAAUAUCGCUCUUGAAUUUUAUUUGGGAAGGCAUAAUAUGGAGAGAAGAAUAUAGGAAACAGUUCUUAGCAAAUAAUGGUGUUUACCAGUUGUUAGAUUUAAUUACAAUGGUGCGCGCGCCAGUGCAGUGCGUGGCGCUGGCGUUGGUGUGCGACGCGACCAGCGCCGGCGGCGCCGUCUCGCAGCUCGUCACCUGGCGCGCCGGUGUCGGCUCUUCUAACGCUCACCCUCGCGUCGUUCAAACGGGAGCUACCAUCGCGACUCUCUUGGCGUCGCUCUUCCGAGAUGAAUGCCGCGGACUCGGCGUGAAGUUAAACGAGGAUGGGGUUAUACAGGAUUUAAAUAAUCCGUUGAGAUCGGCAAGAGUUCGGAAAGCGCUAGAAAAUCCUAAAGUAGACACGGUGCAUCAUCGACAGCCUAUAUGCUAUGCUGCUGCUGAUUUGGCUGGGUCUCGUAUGUCUAAGGCUUACGCUCUUCUACAGAUGUUGUCUGAAGACUUGAAUGACAAGGUGUCGAUAGCGGACGAAGCGUAUAACCUGUACAAGCACAUACGCCUGGCGCCCCAAGACGAAAUAAUGUUAACACUGUGUUCACAUUUCUUAACUGCGAAACUAAUGGAAACGUGGAUAGAAACACAAAUGCAGAGUCCAAACCUCGAGCUUCACGAUGCCGAUAUUCUUGAAGAAUUUGUUCACAUAAACAAAGGUUGGAAUGUUGAAAUAAAGCGUCAUCAAGAAGUGAUCGCUGAAAUGGAUCGAAAAAAAAAACACGAGGAGGAGAGUUCGCUGUACGCGUUCCUGGCGCGGGUGCGCCUGAACACGGCGCUGGACGCGCUGCGCGAGGUGCGCGGGAGCGCGCGCGCGUCGUGCCGUGAGCAGCUCGUCCGCGCCAUGCUGGCAGAUGCCGUGGUCGCGCACCACCGCCGCUCCAUGCAGGCCAAUGACCGCGGCGAACCUUUGCUGCGUACCUAUCAGCCUCCGCUUGACGAUCAGAACACAACCGCUCAGUAUGUGAAAACCUACUGUAUCCCGAAAAAGAACACUGAGCUCGACAGUCGAUCUACAACUCUAUACAGUGUGCUUUAAUUGUUGUACUUAAUGAAUUUAUUUCCCCUAA